ACACGUUCUUUAUCACAGAGCUGACUCCGACAGGUGAAAGCAAACCAUAUCACCGCCAGCCUAAUCUUGUUUUAUUGGACCUCAUAAAUCGACUCAUCUUAUUGUAUCUUAUUAAAGUUGACGCUCGUCUGCGUCGGAAUCGAGAUCAGAAUCAGUCGGUCGCUAGCUGAAAGGGCCAAUCCUACUCUCGAGGUGUCGAGAUAUUUGCCUCGCCGCAUUCUAGUCACCACUAGCGACGUUGAUAGGACCGAGAUCACAGUUCUAAAAAUAGCCUUCAUUAUAUUAUAGAAUUAAGUAGUUGUGUGUUCUAGUUAGCCGGUUGCAAUGCAGCGCUUGCGGUUAUAAUAUAUCAGAGCCAGUAGUGGCCGAAUUUGUGAUAUUAUACCAAAAGUUCGGUUUGUUUGUAUUGUGUUUGAUUGCCUAUUCUGUUGAGGAGCAAUCGAAAGAAAAUGACUGUGGAAAGUGUACCGGAUGAAAUGAUACAAACAAAAGUAUGGUUUAACACUAUCGAUUAUGUCAUAUUCAGCAUAAUGAUGCUUUUCUCGGCGGUCAUUGGAAUAUACUAUGGAUUCUUCGCCAAGCAAAAACAAAAUAACACAGCUGAAUAUCUUCUGGGAAGCAGACAAAUGAAAGUAUUUCCAGUAGCUAUGUCGCUGACCGCCACGCAUAUUUCUGCUGUUACAAUGCUUGGAGUCCCGGCAGAAAUGUAUCGUUACGGCAUCCAAUAUUGGGCAUGUUCCAUAUCAGGUCUGAUUGUUACAAUCUUCAUGGUCUACAUAUUCCUGCCAGUGUUCUACGAGAUGCAAACAACCUCCUGUUACGCGUACCUUGAGCAGCGUUUCAGCAAACGUGUUCGACGGUUAGCCAGCUUCCUCUUCAUGUUUUACUGUCUCUUAAAUGUUCCGGUUCUUAUUUAUACUCCGGCCAUAGCAUUCAGCCAAGUUACUGGCAUAAGCUUAUACAUCGUGACGCCCAUCAUUUGCUGCAUCUGCAUUUUUUACACUACCUUUGGAGGAAUACGGGCAGUGAUUUGGACCGAUACUUUACAAUUUGGAGCUAUGAUCUUGGCACUAUUGGUGGUGAUGACGCUCGGAACACUACAGUUGGGCGGCAUCGUAAACAUAUUCAAAAUUGCGGAUGACGGUGGAAGAUUAAUUUGGUUCAACAUGGACCCUGAUCCCUCGCUGCGAUCCUCAUUUUGGUUGGUAUCCGUUGGGUUAACAUCAAUGUGGAUUUCCAACAUAGGAGUCACCCCAGAAUGUGUACAACGUUUUCUGACUGUUCCAGAUAUUUCAAGUGCAAAAAAAGCUGUUUGGAUUUUUGGAGUUGGUCACAUUCUGGUCAAACUAUGCUCAGUCUACAAUGGGCUGCUGAUUUUCAGCAAAUACCAUUACUGCGAUCCAGUCUACUCAGGGUUGGUGAAAAAGAAUGAUCAAAUCUUCGCCUACUAUGUGCUCGAUGUGGCUCGAAAAAUACCAGGACUUCCCGGACUCUUCGUUGUGGGUGUGUUUUCCGCUGCCCUGUCAUCGAUGUCUUCGAGUAUAAACACUCUAUCCGGAACCAUGUAUGAUGACUUCAUAAAACCUUAUUAUAAUUUCAAAGAGAAAUUGGCUAGUACAAUUAUCAAAUUGUUGGUAGUAGUGACUGGAGUGGUGUGCCUUCUGUUAGUGUAUGUUGUUGAAAAGCUGGGCAGUGUCUUUAGCUUGGCAAUUUCCGUAUCUGGCGUCACUUCCGGAACGUUACUGGGAAUGUUUUUCCUGGGUAUGUUUUCCCCUUGGAUUAAUGAUAUGGGAGCCUACUGGGGAGCGCUGAUUUCGCUUGGUUCUCUGUGUUUUAUAGCAACUGGCGCUCAACUGGAAAUACUACAUGGAAAUCUGAAGUACGAAAGCUUACCGCUCCGUUACGAUGGUUGCCUUGGAUUCAAUUCAACAGGUACGAUGACAUCCACAUUUUACAUUGACGCCGAAGGACACGACAAUUCCGAAGUGCCAUGGGUGUUCCGUAUUGGUUUCAUGUACUAUUCUUUACUGGGGACGGUGAUAGCCGUACUGUCGGGUGUUAUCAUAAGCUACAUGACAGGCGGUCAAAAAGAACCAAUUCCAGAGGUCCUGUUAACACCCUGGGUGCGCCCACUAUACAAACCUGUCCGCUGUGUGGAUGACUAUGAGUGCAAAAUUGUAAAAAAUCUACCAAUAGAAACUAAGGAUAACGAAAUCGAAAAGAUACACAAAUAAACGUCUUCAAAACUU